CGGUUUUUCACCGUUCCCGAAAUUUGUUGAAAACCGGCCGGUCUUUUUGCCGUUUUUCACCGGUCUAAAAAGAUUUUUGGGCCGGCCGGUCACCGGUCGGUCCGGUCCGGUCUGCUGUUUUGAACCGGCCGGCCCGGCCUCUUAUUUUUAGACCGGUUCCAACUCUGCAUUGAGUUUAAUGUUAUUUCUUUUAAAUUGACGUUCGUUGACAGUUCAAGUGUAAGUAUAAUCAAACUGGCUUAGGAACGCUGAGAAAACCAUCAGGUAUUUGAUUGUUCAUCACUAAAUGACGGGCCAAAAUACAACGUGUUGCUUUAUCUCAGUCCCUUUAAAAUGAGAGAAAAAUUAUGAAUUGUCUUUUCUUACAUAUAUUCUAGCUAAAAAUUGGUGUGAACCGGCCAGUUGGAUAAUUGUGAACAAUUCAUCUUGUCUUGAACUACCUCUUAUCGAGUGGUUUGUUGAUUUAAACUCAAAGGUUACUAGUGAUCAACAAUCAAAACAACAAGUAUCCGCUGAUAAGAAAACAAAGGAUUAUGAUAUACUGCUUGAUUUUGAUUUUCAUGUUCUCUGCUUGAUUGCAACUGAAGAACAACUAUUUCAAACUAUUGUAAAAGCAAACAUGAAUCUUAAUCAUUAUGUAUCAGUGAUUUAUCCUGAAUAUCAUCGCAGAAUAAACACGUUUUUGACAUAUCUAUCACAAUCACCUAUUUUGCAACAACGUACGCUGUUAAUAGAGGAAGGCCUAGUUUUAAUGAAUGAUAAUGAAUCAUCCGAAUUGUUCUUUAGUGCUCUUCUCAAUGGUCUAGUUAACAACAAUACGACAGUUAUGUUAAAAUACGGUGGAACGAACUCCCAAAAUCGAUAUUAUUCCGUAAAUUUGUUACCGAAAUCAAAUGCGAGUCCACGUCGUGUCAUGUCUGAUGUGCGAACAAUGCGAUACAGGUUGAAGGAUGAUUAUGACAUAUCAACAAAAACUCGAUUAUUGCCAAUAUUAAAAGAUUUAGCAUUAUCAAACGGUGUUUCAGCCUCACGAAGACGUUCGUCAGCAAUAACUCUAUUACAAAUUGUCUUGGAAGAAUUGCCUUCUAUGAAUACUGAAGAACGACGAGUUUAUAGACGGAUGAUAUUAGAAGGAGUUUCCAAAGCAGAUGGUGACAAAGCGAAUACAAUUGCUUCACAUUCAGUAAAAUAUUCACUGUACCUUGUGCGAAACUAUUUAGUCACACCGGACGAUGAAGAUUUAGCACUCAUUUUUUCUCUUGUUCUUGCCAUCUGCCGUUUAGCUGCUCACUAUUGGUUUCGUCAUGCAUUAUUUAAUCGUACACCAGAAAUUUAUACUCUAACACUCUUGUUAAUUAAUCAAAAAUGUUAUGUGUUAGCCGUAGCUGGUAUUCGAUUAUUCACUUGUAUACUGGACGCAGAUCAAAUGCAAAUGAAAUAUUCCAUCACGUUUACAAAACAUGAUCAAUUUGUGGUAAGAAAAUUAUUGGACACAAUUAAAUGGCUAUUCUCGCCGUUUCAGCUGUUAGAAAAGGAACAACAAACCGAUAAUUCAGUACAAGACAUUCAACUAUCCGGGAUGAAAACUUGUACCACAGACAAUGCUGGGUAUGUUUAACGAAAAAAAAGCGCGAAAAGUUACUGAAAAUUCAGGGCUGUUAACUAGUCAAAUUUUGCUUCUUGAUCUAACGGCCAAAGGAUGCCGUUGCUACGGCCUUAGACGGUUUUCUUUGCCUUACAUACAUUGCAAAAGACUUGUAAUCAAUAAUUAUCCAUUCAAAAUAAAAUUUGAGCUUGGUUUCGUCUAAAUGCACUUAGACUG